AUGACUUGUUUCGUGACAGUUGGAACAACGUUAUUUGAAGAUCUUAUAAAUGAGGUUUUAUCAGAUCAGUGCUUAACGGAGCUGCGAAAACUCGGAAUUCAUAAGCUUAAAAUUCAAAUAGGUCACGGAAAUUUCAAUGACGCUGUAAAACAGAAAUUCUUUAACAACACACAAUUGGAUGAAGGAAACUCGAAACACGAUGAUAUUGAAAUUGAAUAUUUUCGAUUUCUACCAAAUCUUAACGAUAAUAUGAAAGAAGCAAUGAUAAUAAUCGGCCACGCCGGCGCAGGAACAUGCCUAGAAGUUCUUCGACUCAACAAGCCCUUCAUUGUUGUCAUAAAUGAAAAGUUGAUGGAUAAUCAUCAGGCCGAACUUGCAAUGAAACUAUCGGAAGGUCUUCAUCUUCUUCACUGUACCCCAACUAGUCUGUCAUCCACAAUAUCCAACCCAUGCCUUUUCGCCCUAAUUCCAUUCGAGCCAAUUUCACAAAAACGCGUCGCGACAUUCAUCGAUCAGCGUAUGGGAAUUGUGAGAAACUAA